AUGCCAGGUGCCAACAAAGGCAAAGGCAAAGGCCGCGAAGUCCGUCCCACGCGAAGCCGCAACACCACCCCCAAUUCAAGCUUCAGUGCUGGUGCAACAUCCGCGCAGGCCAGUUACCUCGACGUUGACGUUUCGAAGCUGCUCAUUCCGGGCACUAUCCAGUAUGGCGAAAUCCUCGACCGUAUGAGCGGUGUUGGUCCGAUCCCUGAUUCUAAGUCUCUCGAGUCGUUGAUGGAACACCUCAAGACUCUCAGUCAGCUAGCAGAGGCUCGUGUUGAUGCCUGCGAUGCCGGUAUUAGAGAGCUCUCGCAGAAGCGCAAAGAGGUUGUUGAAGACCAGGAAACAUACGACCGCGAGACUGCAUCCAAGGUGAAGCGCGAUGUCGACGAUGAGGAAGAGGAACCUAUCAGAGCCUCUAAGGGAGGAAAACUGAAGAAGCGUAGGGAGCGUGGAGGAAGCACAAAGGAGGACCGUCCGUUGGCGCAUGGUGCUCAUGACAUCGCCCGUCAGGACGGCGCCGAGACAAAGGUCGAAGGAGCUAACGAGCCAAACCUAGCCGCUUCCCCAGCCUCCAAGAAGUCGAAGAAUAUGGCUUCUGAAGUCACCUCCCCCACUUGUCCCUCGUCCCUGACAUCUCCCAAACACACUGCUACUGCUGGCGAAGCUUCUGCUACUGCCGAGUCUCCCUCCGAGGACGACAGCGAUGAGCACCAGCCUGAACCCGCUCCGGCCAUUCCUCAAGUUCAGGUGUUUGGUCCAAACCCGCUCAAAUUCGAUGAUCCUACCAUCUACCACAUUCGUGAAGUCACCCCCGAUAUGACAGAUGAGGAGAAGAAGGAGAUCUAUUGCGUCAACCGUUUCCCAAAGAGUGAUCUGAGCCACAUGAUGGCUGGCGUUCCUCCAGACAAGGAUUUCAGCAACGCCAAACCUACCAAUCAAGUCAGCGCCAACACCUUUCUCUCUUACAUCGAACCUUACGUGCGUCCCCUGACCGAGGAGGACAUUGCGUUCUUGAAAGAAAAGGGUGAUCGCACUACUCCUUUUAUCAUGCCUCCUCGCGGCAAGAAGCACUACACCGAGAUUUGGGCCGAAGAGGAUGGACUGAUGAACGUGGAUCAAGCCAACGGCGAUCGCGAACGUCUUCCUCUGAACCAGGGACGCGGCAGCAUCGAUCAGGUCACUGACGAGACCGUUGAAACUGACAAGGUCUCGGUCGGACCCUUGGUCAGCCGCCUCUAUUCCCUUCUUCGCUACGAACACCGUGCAGAUCCCGACGAAAACUCCGCGACUGGUGCUGCCAAUGGAGAGGCUUCCACCAGUAACUUCUUUAACGGAGAUUCCAUGGAUAUCGAUCAGCCAGCUGGUGAAUCAGACAGCAAGCCACUUCCGUCCGCGACUUCUUUCCCCGAUGCUUCUCCUAGCGGCUUCAAGGUCCCGGCAGCCAAGCUCGACCAUGCUCAGCUUGACGAGCGUCUCAAAGCAGAGCUACGCCACAUUGGCUUUCUCGGCGAGGAUGACAAUCCGGAUUACGAUGCCCAUUACGACGAUGAUAUUGCACAGCGUUUGCGUCUGCUCCAGAGCGAACUCAAAAAGCAAAUGAUUACCAACAAUGCCCGCAAGGCGCGGCUACUAGAUAUCGCUCGUGAACGCAUGGCACACCAGGAAUAUACCACCAUCCACGACGACCUCGACUCCCAGGUUCAGCAAGCUUAUCUCAAGCGCACCCGCACUCUGGGUAAGAGCAAGAAAGGCUCCCAGGCUAAGCACCGGCCUGGUGGUGCCGGCGGUGGCAGCCAUGUCGCCAGUGGUGCAGGUGUGAGCCGGCCUGCCAUUGGCGACGUGGCUCGGACCCUCAUGGACCGGCGCAAGCGCUGGGAGGAGUGCAUCGGGCCCAUCUUCAAGGACUCGAAGACUUCGGUCCCCGGCAAGGGCGAGACCGUCUUCGACCCGACCGUCAUGGCCGAAUACGAGAAGGCCGAGCUCGAGGGCUGGGACGAGGAGCAGGAGUAG